CAUGUUCCUUAUUUUGCUCCUCAGACUUGAUUUUGCUUCUUCUUAAACACUUGAGAGCUCUUUCAGAAUUAUUCACAUAUACCGAGGGUACAGUCGGGUGUAUAUUAACAGUUUCUGCUUUUAAUUACAUGCCUCAGAAAAAAGCCAAUUUUUUUUUUUACAGCUCUUUGAAGACAGCUCCAUUGUGGAUUGUAUUUAAAGGUGUUGCUGGGACUCGUUUACUUCAAAUACACAUUAUCAAUCAACAGUUAUGUUUUAUUGAGAUGAGAGGAACAGCUAUGAGUUUAAUUGCUGCAACCUGUGGACUUCUUGUCCUUCUCAGUUUAACGGGUACAGCUGGGUCUGCCAGCAUUUGGGUUGUACGUGAAGGAGAGGAUUUUUCACUCUAUAAUCUCUUCACUGUGUCUGGAAACACAAAGUUCUUCUGCAAGGAAAAAUGUGAGCGAGCAGAAAACAUCCUCAUUAAAACAGAUGAAACCACAGCUCAGAGCAGCAGAUUCAGUAUUAAAUACAAAGAUGCAGCUUCAGGAAGAGGAAGCCUGACUUUUACCAUCACAAAUAUGAGAAAGUCUGACUCGGGAAUGUACCGGUUUGGUUUGGGUAAAUCUUCAGCUCCAGAUUCAUACUCAGACUUUGAGGUCAGAGUUUCAAAUGAAAUUGCAAAAAACUCUGGAGUCUCCCGUGCACAGAGUGAGGGAGAAGAAAUCCUAUUUCCAUGUGUCACUGCUGUCCAUGCACAGAGGAAGUUCCUUUGUAAGAAUCCAUGUGAGAAAGAAGGAAAUAUUUUCAUUGACACAACUAAUGACAAAGUUCAGAAUGGCAGGUACAGCAUUGAAUACACAAAAGGAUCUGCAUUUGAACUUCUAGCAACCAUCAGACAUCUGACCAAGUCUGACACGGGACAGUACAGGUGUGGUUACGGGGACCCUUUAUCUCCUGAUUCAUAUGGCACUGAUGAGAUUUUGGUUGUAGAUGUGGUGACUUACACUUCUACUCAGGUCUGCGCCUUCAAAGGAUCAACAGCAGAAAUACACUCCACAUUCAGAUACCUAUCGACUAUAGAUGACAUAAAUACAAGAAUCCAGAAAAUGUUCUGGUUUACUGCAGUCAAAGAUAAUGAGCCUGUGGACCUGAAAACAGAGGCAGAGUAUUCAGGUCGAGUUCAGUAUCAGUGUGAAAACAACGACUGCACUCUGAGAAUCACAGACCUGAGAGAGAGCGACUCAGCUGAGUACAAGUUCAUGCUCAUAACAAACGAUCCAGGAGGGAAAUAUACUGGAUCACCUGGAGUCACUUUGACUGUUACAGAUCCACAGCUCCAGGUACAUGUGAGGAGAUCAAACUCUUAUUCUAACUGGACAGAGCUGACAUGUCACAACAACUGUCAGCUACCUGUUCAAUCUUCCUACAUCUGGUACAGGAAUGGACACAAACUUUCAUCAGAAAAACAAUAUUUACACCUGAACACAUUUGAUUCUGCAGAUACUUUUUACUGUGCUGUGAAAGGAUAUGAGACAUUCCCUUCUCCAACAGUGUAUGCUCCAAAGCUUCCCUCUGUGUCAGUGAGUCCCUCUGGUGAAAUAGUAGAGGGUAGCCCUGUGACUCUGACCUGUAGCAGUGAUGCUAACCCAGCAGCUAGUUACACCUGGUACAAGGAGGAUGUCAUCAACCCUCUCAGUUACCAAAACCAACAUUUUUUCAGCUCCAUCCUGCCUUCUCAAUCUGGAAAGUAUUACUGUACAGCUGAUAAUGACCUGGGACAAAAGAGAUCUGUAAGCAGAACUAUUGAUGUGAAAUAUGCUCCAAAGCUUCCCUCUGUGUCAGUGAGUCCCUCUGCUGAGAUAGUGGAGGGCAGUUCAGUCACUCUGACCUGUAGCAGUGAUGCUAACCCAGCAGCUAAUUAUAUCUGGUACAAGGAGGAUGUCAUCAACCCUCUCAGUUACCAAAACCAACAUGUUUUCAGCUCCAUCCUGCCCUCUGACUCUGGAAAGUAUUACUGUACAGCUGAUAAUAACCUGGGACAAAAGAGAUCUGAAAGCAGAACUAUUGAUGUGAAAUAUGCUCCAAAGCUUCCCUCUGUGUCAGUGAGUCCCUCUGCUGAGAUAGUGGAGGGCAGUUCAGUGACUCUGACCUGUAGCAGUGAUGCUAACCCAGCAGCUAAUUACACCUGGUACAAGGAGGAUGGUCAUAAACGUCUCAGUGAAGACUCACAGCUCGUCUUCAGCUCCAUUCAGUCCUCUGACUCUGGACAGUAUUACUGUAGAGCUGAAAACAAGCUGGGGAUGAAGAGGUCUGGAUCCAAACUUAUUGAUGUGAAGUAUGCUCCAAAGCUUCCCUCUGUGUCAGUGAGUCCCUCUGCUGAGAUAGUGGAGGGCAGUUCAGUCACUCUGACCUGUAGCAGUGAUGCUAACCCAGCAGCUAAUUACACCUGGUACAAGGAGGGUGAUCAUAAACGUCUCAGUGAAGACUCACAGCUCGUCUUCAGCUCCAUUCAGUCCUCUGACUCUGGACAGUAUUACUGUAGAGCUGAAAACAAGCUGGGGAUGAAGAGGUCUGGAUCCAAACUUAUUGAUGUGAAGUAUGCUCCAAAGCUUCCCUCUGUGUCAGUGAGUCCCUCUGCUGAGAUAGUGGAGGGCAGUUCAGUCACUCUGACCUGUAGCAGUGAUGCUAACCCAGCAGCUAGUUACACCUGGUACAAGGAGGAUGAAGACUCACCUAAAACGUCAGGACACAACUUCACCAUCAGCAACAUCAGACCUGAGCACAGUGGGAGUUAUUACUGUGUGGCCCAGAACAGCAGAGGGACUCGUAACUCCACCUUACAGCUGACCUUUGUCACUAGGAAAUCAGAAAUAAUAAUCAUGAAUAUCAUCAGGCUGACUCUGGUGGUCCUGAUGCUGAUUCCUCUGCUUGUCUUGAGCCUGUGGACGAGGAGGAAGAAACGUAUCGUCUUAAAAACUGAACAAAAUAAACCUGUAGAGAUGACUGAGGUAUACUCUCAUCCUGACUGAAUCCUGAUGAAUCCUCAAAGGCUCUGACUGCAGCACAGACAGAUGACAAGGAGGAGCAGGAACAGCUGGUGUAAAGUCCAGUCAGGUUACAGCAGGUGUUCAGUUCAUGUGUCACAAACAGCCAGACUGGAUCUUUUGUGAGUUAGACCACUAAAACUAAAAUAUUUGCUUAAUAACCUAAACAUGCCAAAACUGUCCCCUUUAUUCUUUUUCAUGUAUAAAAGCUGUGAUGAACAGCCUGAGGUGUUUUUACACUUUCAGCUAAUCUAAUGUCAUUACAAUGAAAUCUACUGAGUUUAAGCUCUAAUUAUUUUUGCAUGACAUUAC